GUGGUCUGCGGAGGCGCAGACGGUACUGCGACAAAGGGCUGAGAACACUGUUGGGUCCUGCGAGACCUCAACUCCAGUAGUGAGAGGGGCAAACCGGGACGGGGAUGUCGAAAAACCGAUUACUGAGGAGGGCGCAGGUGUACAAUGCACCAGCGCUAGGAGGUGUCGCGGGGAUGCGGGGCCCCGGGGGGGGACUCAGCACGACGCUGGUCGGAAAUGUCAGAGUAGUGGCGGUCAAGGGCGGCAGUGUAAGGGCACCGCGAGGAGGUAUGACCGUCCUGGCGGCAACGCUAGCACCCACGCCGGCCCAAAAUAGUCACUCGCUCCUCAACGGAAAGGACACCGCGAGGAGGGACAAAGCCCUGGGGGAGGUCCUUCUGAGGGACCCCGGGGGGCGACGCUCCAGAGUGACCGGGGCGACUGGGUUCCCGGGAGAGGGCGGAGGGGAUGAGCUGGAGGCACUCGACCAUAGGGGGAGUACAAUCCUCCAGGUGGUAGUGGACGAGGUCGAGGUCGUCGCUACGGCCACCCUCGGGCGACAGGGGGGCAACAGCGUCCUACUCACCAUACUCGAGCGCGCUGAAGCGGAGCGAGAAGUGGCGGCCCUGCUGCGCGGAACGGCGGGGGCGACCGCGGAAAGGGGAACGACGUUGGGAAGUGUCAUGAGAAGAGGAGGAGGUGUAACCAGUACGCUGAGGCGAGAAGGAAGAAGUGGAUUGAAGACGGGCCCGCAUCCGCUGAUGGUCCCUAGCGGCCUCGGCAAGAAGCGCGGCGCUGUGGUUCGAAGUGUUUCUAGGACGGAGAGCAGACGAGCGGCCAUCAGUCGGCAGGGGUGGAAGGGAAGGAGUAGGUUUGGGUUGUGUGUUAGCUAUCGACCUCGAACUUGCAGUCAUCGCCAUCCUUGGCGCGUAAUGCUCGUUGUCUUUCUCAAGCAGCCAGCCGAAGAAGGCGGAAAAUCGCCACGCAUCAGAAAAAGAGUCAGGAUGAAGACAGUGUUCCGGUCAAGCUCAGCCGUGGCGGAGCUCGCGGCGCUGCUGCUCCUCGCAGUCGUCCAGCUCGUCGUCAACGUGCAUGUCGGUGCUCCUCCGCCGGGAGCCGUCAAGAUCGACGGCUUCGACUAUAACGGCGAUGGUUGUCCCGUAGGAUCUGUUCAAGGUUCCAUCUCCUGCGAUAGCAAGGCACUGACGGUGAUGUUCAACACCUUCACUGCCACCACGGACGAAGGGCAACAAAACAUGCGCAAGUCCUGCGUCGUGACCGUCAUGCUCAAUUACCCGCCCGGCUUCUUCUUCACUCUCGGGACGGUGACGAUGCGCGGGUACGCCAAGCUGGACGCGGGCGUCAAGGGAACCAUGAGGACGGGCUAUCACAUCUCCGGGCGGAUAGGGUCGGGUCAAGCUACUCACGUCUUUAACGGCCAGUUCGAUGGCAACUACGAGGUGACAGACUAUUUCCAGAACGCAGUCGGAAGCGAGUGUGGCAAGAUCAGGGACCUCAACAUUAACUCAGAAGUGCGAGUGCAUCCCGGAAAACCUCCAAGGAUCGGAGUUAUCACCAUGGACUCGCAGGAUCUGAAGCUCACACAAAUCUUCGCCAUCAACUGGUCGACAGUCUUGCUGAGGUGGGCCGAGAAGGGAAAGAAAGCUACCUUAGGCUGGGUGGCACAUACGACCACUAGCAGCAAGUAUGAAGGACAGAAGGCUAAUGAGCGAUAUGCAUUCGUGGAGAAUCAUCAUCAGGACCCUCCCCCCUCACCUGCUCCCCCUGACGUCGAGAUGACGGAUGCCCAAGCACAACAGCAGAACAGACCAUCAGAACUGGGGCUGCAAGAAGUAGCGGACUGGCUGAUGGAUAGCCUCAACGACGUCUUCUGGGACGGUGUGUACAGGGCGCUGAUCCCAAUGCUAGAAAGCAGCGACAGCCUUCAGAAAGCUCUGCUGCAGGGCCUCCAAGAGGGAGCAGAUUGGCAAAUCAUAUGUCAAAAACUGCUCUACAUCGUUCUCAACCGAUUCCAACCUCCAUCCGCAGAGCAGGAAAUAGGUGCAGAACAGGAAGAAAAGGAGGAGCUUCAGUCUAGCAGCACCACAGUGAGGAACCAGGCGAUCAACUCGUGUGGAACUCAAGAGGGGGGGACAAGGAAACAGGAACAGGAAAACGGCCUUGGGAAGGCAUCCUACGAUGAUCCAGAGGUCCUGAGGGAAGAAGGGACAGAGGUAGAGGGCGAACACCCACAGGUCCUACAGAAGGCGGGAAAAAAGAAUGGAAAAACGGUGUCACGUGGCAUGAGCAGGGGGGGAGGGAGGUUAUGGGAAGUCGAUGAUGACGACCAAGAGGAGGACGAGGAGGGGAGGGAGAAGGACGAAGACGUGGAGGAGGAGCACGAGGUGGAGGACGAUGACGACAUGAAAGUAGCCCGAAGGUCAGUUGCCGUCAUAGCUGGAGUAGUAGCCGUGAAGCACAAUGGCAGUGCUUACACUGUAAGCACAGCGCACGAGGCACUGUAUUGCGUGCGACCGAGUCCAGGUACCCAAUGUAGCUCGCGAGCAAGAGUGCUCAUGCGAGAAGGGAAACAGAGGGGACUCGUGGUGAGGGGUGAUGGAGUCUAGAGCGCGCAAGCUGGCGCUGCAGCGGUGUAACACGAAGAUGCGUGCGGUUGUAUUCUCAGUCCUACUCGAGGGCGCUUAUGUGCGUGAAAAUUACUGUAUUACGUAAAAAAUAAUUGCUAAAGUUUCCUAAAAAAUUCCCACAUACAAGAUUUAGUAGCCUCCCUGUUACCCAUUAAAGCUCGUCCUAGUAUGAGCAUUUAUGAUUAUGCUAUCAAUCUGACAUUAAUAAAUAUCACACCAAAUC